UCUCUUGACUGAUGCGUGUGAAGUAUAUUCCAAUUGCUAUGGCUGCUAUGCCGACUCCAAUAGUCCAGUAUAAUGUGUGUGAUCCACAGAUUCUAGUUGCAUGUCUUUUCCACACAGGUGCUGUUUCUGGAUUCUCUGUAAUGACAAUUUGUAUUAUCACAAAUAUAUUAUCGCUAAAAGAUGGGAGAAGCAAUAAAUUGCUGUGAUUAUGUAUUGCUUAGCCAGCCCCACCCACAUACCAUAACUGUGCAGAAUUCUGUUGCCGAGAUCUUCCGUAGACGCCUCUCUCAUUAGCAUUUGAACAAACUUGUGAAACUUCUGCUGCCGCGUUUCCUGAGGCGUAGACUCGGAGAUUUGGAUUAUGAACACACCCUGUGAUCCAGUGGAUAAGCUUGGAUUCUCAUAACUACCAGGUGUAGCCU